CAUCCUCAUUGACCACUGUGUGUCAUCAACUCCUCUCUCACAAUCUCCUCGUCUGCUUACAAUCCUACUUCUUCACUUGGAUCGUGGUUCAGCAUGCACGGAACGCAGGUAUUUCUCACAAGUUGCUCCAACAACAUUGUGUUUUGAGGCUCCGGUGUCUUCGUCUCAUCCCAGGUUGCCUCCGCGAAUAGUGAUAUAAUCUGUCUCUCCCUCCUCAUUCGCGAUUCACUAGCUGUUUUCAGCUGCGUUUCCUAAUCUUGUAACGUAGACUGUGUGUGGGUCUUCACAGGCUUCAAUGCGUAAAGCUUGUUUUUGAGAGGGCCGAAAGACGAGGAGCCGUGUUUCUUCUUGUGUCGUGAACGAUGCGCUGGACCAGACACUUGAUGGGCCGGAGAGCAUAAUCUAUAGUGAAACUAAUUGACUUUGAGGGCCUGCUUGAUGCGAGUGUCGAAGCGCUGUCGGUGCACAUUCUUUGUCUCGGACUUUACGAACAUUCUCCAGGGUUUAGGGGUUUCGAGGUUAUCUUAACCUAUUUUCAGUUUCUUCAAGAUUCUGUGCUUAAAUUUUUCUACUGUCCUGAAUCCUCAACCGUUCUUGGUUCGGUGGAUAGUUUCGUAUGCUCCGCGGGGUUCAUCAGAGUUGUCGAGUGUGGAUAAACUUUGUUGUGUGAGACAUCACACUUUGAUCGAAGUCUCCUCUCGAGUUUUGUUUUACUACGAAACUUCCUCGUACAUGAGUCGGUAGUCUUAAGAAUUGCGUAGGUGUCCGGGUCGGGGAUCUAUCCUGCAUCUUCUCGGUGUCUCCUCUGCUAUUUAGAAGAUGGAUUCAGCUCCCACUCAAGUCGGAGGGUGGUGGUGGUUUGCUGUGCCCUUGCUGGCCAAGCAGGGAAGAUCCUCGCUGGAGGAGGCGGCGGGAUAUACAAACCUCAACGGGCUGGUGAUUAUGCUCGUAUUGGGUGUGAUAAGUGCUUGUGCUAUAUUCGUUUGUUGGAUUUCUCCCGGAGGUUCGUCAUGGGGACGUUUGAGAGGUAAGAGAACCAUCCCCGGGCCUCGAGGGUUUCCCAUCAUCGGUUCCCUGUUGGAUAUGGGUGGAUUGGCCCACAGGCGUCUCGCUCAGCUUGCUGUAGCCUACAAAGCUAUGCCGCUGAUGGCUUUAAGCCUAGGAGAGACCCGUGUGGUGAUUGCUAGUCAACCCGAUACUGCCCGUGAGAUUUUGCAUAGUGCGGGUUUCGCCGACCGGCCGCUGAAGCAGUCCGCUGAUCAGCUCAUGUUCUCACGCGCCAUUGGGUUUGCUUCUCAUGGGAAAUACUGGCGAAGUUUAAGACGAAUUGCAGCCAACCAUUUGUUUUCGCCCAAGAGGAUUGCUGAGCACGAGGAUUCGCGUGUUGCUGAAUCUGAGUUCAUGCUACAAUCUAUUGAGAAUGACCUUCUCGUAUUGGGCAGCGUCCAGAUUCGUGGUCACCUGCAAAGAGCGUCCCUGAACAAUAUCAUGCGUAGUGUGUUUGGGCGGCGGUAUGACUUCGUCACUGGAUCUGAGGAGGCAACCCAGUUGAGGGCCAUGGUGGAUGAAGGAUUUGAUUUGCUUGGUGCUUUCAAUUGGGCUGAUCACUUGCCAGCCCUGAAGUUUCUGGACGCACAGAAGAUACAUCAAAGAUGCGCUGAUCUCGUUCCCAGAGUCAGAACAUUUGUUCAGAAAAUCAUUGAUGAACACCGCAAUGAAAAUAACUCUCGUGUGGGCGCUGACGAGAGGCGUGAAACUGAUUUUGUAGACGUCUUGCUCUCCUUGAAAGGUGAUGAGCAGCUUGCCGACGAGGAUAUGAUCGCUGUGCUUUGGGAGAUGAUAUUUAGAGGAACUGAUACCACCGCUAUCCUGACCGAGUGGAUUAUGGCGGAAAUGGUGCUGCACCCCGAAAUUCAGCGCAAGGUUCAAUUCGAGCUGGACUCCGUUUUUCCCACUGGUAUCUGCAACUGCGCAUCUUUUGAAAAUAUGCUUUCCAGAUUACCCUACCUAAAGGCCGUGGUCAAAGAAACUCUCCGUCUGCAUCCUCCCGGUCCCCUCCUCUCAUGGGCAAGGCUAUCAGUUCAAGAUGUUUGCGUAGCUGGACACACAAUUCCUGCGGGCACGACAGCAAUGGUAAACAUGUGGGCAAUCACCCACGAUCCUGAAGUGUGGGCUAAUCCGAGUGUAUUCUCUCCCGAGAGAUUUCUGCCUUCUCAUGGUGGCCAGGAUGUGGAUGUCCGUGGCAACGAUCUUCGCCUGGCUCCUUUCGGGGCUGGCCGUCGUGUCUGUCCAGGGCGUGCACUCGGAUUAGCCACUGUGCACCUGUGGGUGGCGCAGCUGUUGCACAACUUCGAAUGGACCCCGGCACCAGUGUGCGAAGUGGACCUUACCGAGGUAUUGAAGCUGUCUUCAGAGAUGGUGAACCCACUGCAGUCCGUUGCUACUAGUCGCCGAGUAUCCACAUCGGGCUAAAGCUAACUGCAGCUAGGUAGAGGCAGGAAUGUAUCGUUUUCAAAGUCUAAGAGAAAAAUCUGUCGACGCAUUCUGGGGGUUCGGAUUCCUCCUCAUGCAAGAUUGAAGGCAAUAUUGAAGUGUUGCGAAGGCAAAUCGGAAGCUAGUGACUGUUAAGUGCUUAAUUACAUCGCGGAUAUCAUUUGCAUUUAAACAUCAUUUUUUUGAGGGAGAGUUAGAGCUUUCCACAAUUUUGGAUCUUUUCAUCUUCCAUGUUUCAGUUGUUGGUCGUCAAUAUGAGACUAACUUUUCAAGACAAAAACAAAACAAAAGUUAUAAAACAGAUUACUUCAUGAUAA